GUAUAUUUGUAUAUGUAAAAUGUAGACCACAACAUAUGGAUGCCUAAUUUAGAUAAAUUUCAUACAUUACGACGGAUGAAAACUUGAAAGAAAGGUCAUUUCCAGCCUAUGAUAAUUGCUAAGAGACUAAGUCAAUUUACACAAACAAAACAAUUCAUUAACCCCAUACCAUUGUCAUAAAAUUUUGUUAGGUGAAUACUUCUAUACUAAUCGUAAGAUAAUUGUCUUAGUUGCAUGUAUUUUUAUUAAGGGUCAAUUAUAACUACGUAUUGAUUGUUAUAUUUUAUUCAUUAUAUAAAUUGCGAAUUGUUGCAUUAAUCGGAAAAUUUUCAUUGUCAAUGAUAAUGUGAUUUUAUAUUGGUUAAUCUGGCUAACCAAUUAACCAAACCGAUUAAACUUUAGUUUGGUUAAUUUGGUUGUUUUAUUAGUUUGGAUGGUUUGGUUAUGAUAUUGUAUUCCAUGGUUAAUGGAAUUUAGCCUUAUUUGGUUCGGUUAUAACCAUGAUAACCAUUUGAACACCCCUACUUGUCUUGUUGUUAAUGAAAGUUGAGAAAAGUUGGUGAAUUGCUUGACAAUUCAAAUGAAAUAAAUGAGUUUGAAUCAUCGUUUCGCCUUCUAGGUGUUCCUAGAGGUAGGCAUGACCAGCUUCAGCCGUGCAAUUGGGUUGCCUGCCCCGACUACAGCAUCACUUAAGUGGUGAUCGGGGAGGGUGUUUCACGGUACAAAAAAAGAUACAUACACAAGCUUAUAAUCGUUCGGGUUUGGGUUGGAUAGUAUGAAAAUCAUGCCCAUCCAUUACUCGUAAUAUUUGAGUUCGGAUUUUAAACCUAUUCACUAAGAAUCCUUGGAAUUAACGUUUACGCUACCCAAUCAAAUCGAAUUCAGACGAAAAUCCUUGCGGAUAUAGUUUGCCAUCCUACUAAACUCUCACAAUAAAAUAACCAAUUCUUUCCAUAGGAAUAAAAGAUAAAUUAAAAAAAAAUAGUGAAAAGAUAUUUGUAGUUUUGUACGGGUAAAAAUAGUCUAGAUAGGUGCCAAAAUGCGACCUUCCGCAGCGUUGGCGAAACACCAGCCUUCUUUAUAAUAAUACUCUUCUUUAUACACUUUCCUUCUUCCCAGCCAACUAUUCCUUCCCCUUCUUCGAUCCCCUCUCUUCUCCAACUUCUCUCCCUCCCUCCGAUUCGAAUCACCGCCCUCCGAUAUGGCGCUCUCUCACCUAUCCUCCACCAGAUCCAAUCGGCUCCUCCGCCCCCUCGCGGCCGCCGCCUCCUCCCUCUGCCGCCCAAUCUCCACCUCCACCGAGCCCCUCGUAAUCGAGACAUCCAUCCCCUUCACCCCGCACAAGUGCGAGCCGCCUUCCCGCUCCGUCGAGACCAACCCCCAGGAGCUCCUCACCUUCUUCCGCGACAUGGCCACCAUGCGCCGGAUGGAGAUCGCCGCCGACUCGCUCUACAAGGCCAAGCUCAUCCGAGGGUUCUGCCACUUGUACGAUGGCCAGGAAGCCGUCUGCGUCGGCAUGGAGGCGUCCAUCAAUAAAAAGGACUGCAUCAUCACCGCCUACAGGGAUCACUGCACUUUCUUGGGCCGCGGCGGGACUCUCCUCGAGAUAUUUUCCGAGCUCAUGGGUCGACAGGGUGGGUGCUCCAAGGGUAAAGGCGGCUCGAUGCAUUUUUACAAGAAGGAAUCUGGAUUCUAUGGUGGACACGGGAUUGUGGGAGCUCAGGUUCCCUUGGGUUGCGGCUUGGCCUUUGCGCAGAAGUAUAACAAGGACGAGAAUGCGACGUUUGCUUUGUAUGGUGAUGGUGCUGCCAAUCAGGGCCAAUUGUUUGAGGCUCUUAACAUAUCUGCUCUUUGGGACCUGCCAAUUAUCUUGGUGUGCGAGAAUAACCAUUAUGGCAUGGGCACUGCUGAGUGGAGGGCAGCUAAGAGCCCUUCUUACUACAAGCGUGGUGAUUACGUUCCUGGAUUGAAGGUGGAUGGCAUGGAUGUACUUGCUGUUAAACAAGCAUGCAAAUUUGCAAAGGAGCACGUGUUAAAGAAUGGACCCAUUAUUCUUGAGAUGGACACAUAUAGGUAUCACGGUCACUCCAUGUCUGACCCUGGUAGCACCUACCGUACCCGUGAUGAAAUCUCUGGCGUGAGACAGGAGCGUGAUCCAAUUGAAAGAGUUAGGAAGUUGGUACUGGGCCACGAUCUAGCCACUGAGAAAGAGCUAAAGGAUAUUGAGAAGGAAAUUAGGAAAGAAGUAGAUGAAGCCAUUGCCAAAGCCAAGGAAAGCCCGAUGCCAGAGCCAUCUGAACUCUUCACAAACGUAUAUGUCAAGGGUUUUGGAACAGAGUCGUUCGGAGCUGAUAGGAAAGAACUAAGAGCAACUCUUCCAUAAGAGCAGGCUACGGAAUUGUGGAUCACAAAUAAUGAAGCAUAUGUCUUCUCCCUGAGAAUUUUUUACUGUAUAGGAUCACGCUAUGGAUCCUCCCCUCUUGGUUCCUGGAAUUGUUGGUCCUUUUUAGUUUGUGUAGUUUUUCCAUUUUUACUCCAUUACCUUUAUCUGUGCGAUUUGCGAACAAACAGAAUGUAAGCAUUCCUAGUCUGAAUUCACAAAGGCAAUAUCUGGGUGAUUCUUUGAGGAGUAUUAUAUACACCAGUAUUGAAGAAAACAAAUCAAACAAGCAAGGACAC